AUUACGCUGUCAUCUACUUUCCCCACAUCUUUCGCCUCCUUUCUCCUUCUUACGUCGUCCUUUAAAUAUCCUCUAUACACUUUAUAAUCUCUAAUCGCAUCAUGUUGGAAACGUUUGAAAUUUUCACCACCUCAGGGGUGGUCCUCUGGUCCAAAUCCUACGCUCCUGUGGGGUCCCAUGUGGUCAACAGUCUGAUCAACGACGUUUUUAUCGAGGAGAAGACGCAGCAGUCCCAGGUUCCUGGACUCUCUCCUGCUUACAAGAAGGAAAAAUACACCUUGAAGUGGAAGCGAGUCAAGGAAUUCAACCUCAUCUUUGUGGCCGUGUAUCAGUCCUUGCUUCAUCUGGGAUGGAUCGACCGACUCCUGGAAAACAUCUCGACCCUUUUCAUCGACCUCUACAAAGACAAGCUCCUGGGUAACCGUGUGAGGAUCACCGAGUACCCCUUCGACAGGUACUUCGACCAGCAGGUCCGCGAGCUGGAGGACAACACGGGCGUGGUGCCAAGGGCAGUGAUCACCAGCGAGGAUGACAAGAAAGACCCGUUGGUCUCGUCCGACAACGGGGGUCCCCCGCCUCCUCCCAUCCCCGGCCUCCUCAAGGCGCAGCUUGAUGCUGCGCCGGGUGGGACCUCCGAUGAGAGUACCCCCCCUCAGUCUCCGGACAUUUCUCGAUCAUCGACACCGGUGACGAGCCAUAUUCUGACCGCAAAAGGCGGUCCGGGCGGUCGUGUCUCCCGCCGUGCGCGCAAGGCCGCCAACAGCGCCAAUGUUUCCUCCGGGGAGGAAAGUGUCCGCAAAGGAAAGGCGACGCCGAAGAGCGCCAAGAAAAUGCGGAGGUGGGAUGCGGAUGGCCUUGCGGACGAGGACGACGGCACGGUGCUCGACUACUCCGCCCCCGCGGACGACGCCGCGGCCGCACCGGCGGUGGAGGCGGUCUCCCAGGAUUCCUGGGGCCGCCGGACCGGCAAGGGCCAGUUCGUUCUCAAGGAUCUGGGCGAUGAGGUCCAUUCGAUUCUGGAGAACGCCGACCAGGAGAAAUCCAAGACGUCCUCGACGGGCUUCGUUGGCUCCGGUUUCAGUGCGAUUGGCGGCAUGCUCCGCGGCAUCGUCGGCGGCAAGGUCCUGACGGAAGCGGACCUGGAGAAGCCGCUGAAGACGAUGGAAGACCACCUGCUGCGGAAGAACGUUGCGCGCGAGGCGGCGGUGCGUCUGUGCGACGGGGUGCAGCGGGAGCUGGUGGGCAAGAAGACGGCCAACUUCCAAAGCGUGGAUGCGGCGCUGCGCCUGGCGAUGGAGUCGUCCCUGCGCAAGAUCCUCACCCCCACGUCAUCGCUGGAUCUGCUGCGGGAGAUCGACGCCACCACGUCGCCCACGAGCAAAGGCGCCGCUCCCCGGCCGUACGUGAUUUCGAUCGUGGGGGUGAACGGCGUGGGCAAAUCGACCAACCUCGGCAAGAUCUGCUAUUUCCUGCUGCAGAACAAUUACCGGGUUUUGAUCGCCGCUUGCGACACGUUCCGUUCGGGAGCCGUGGAGCAACUGCGGGUGCACGCCCGCAACCUGAAGGAGCUCGGCGCGCGCGAGACCGCCGGCGACGUGGAAUUGUACGAGAAGGGGUACGGCAAGGACGCGGCCAACGUGGCCAAGGACGCCGUGGAGUACGGAGCCGCCCACCAGUUCGACGUGGUCCUGAUCGACACGGCCGGUCGUCGUCACAACGAUCAGCGGUUGAUGUCGUCCCUGGAGAAAUUCGCCAAGUUCGCCCAACCCGACAAGAUCUUCAUGGUCGGCGAGGCUCUGGUGGGCACGGACAGUGUCAUGCAGGCGCGCAACUUCAACCAAGCCUUUGGCACGGGGAGGAACCUGGAUGGCUUCAUCAUCAGUAAAUGCGACACGGUGGGCGACAUGGUUGGUACAUUGGUGAGCAUGGUCCACGCGACGGGGAUCCCCAUUGUAUUUUUGGGAGUCGGCCAGCACUAUGGGGAUCUGCGAGGAUUGAGUGUUCCCUGGGCAGUGAACCUGUUGAUGAAGUGAUA